AUGGAGAUCGAGAUCAAGGGCGAGCACGGCUAUGUCUUUGCCACGGUGUUGUGGGACAUUCUGCUGCAUCACUUUUGGAUGAGCACGCUGGUUGUGAAUGCCCGCAAGAAGUACAACAUCAACUACCCCAACCUCUACGCUCCCCCGGGUCACAAGGACCGCCAGGUGUUUGACUGCAUCCAGUACCCUGUGUCUGCCUCCAUCGCCGGCUUUGUGUACCUGCUGGGCCGCAUCGUUUAUUUCCUGAACUACUCGUCUGGCCGCCCCCAGGCGCGCUACCGGGGCGCCUUCAUGCACGUCGCCUACAUCGCCCUGCUGGCCAUGGUGGUGCGCUUCACUAUCGAGCUGCUGCUGCCCAUGGUCAAGGACAUCUGA